GUGUAGCCUGUGCGUGCUCCGCUCUCCGUCUUUACGCACGCACGUCAACGCGGAUAUAGUGGCGUGUGAUAACCGCAAGUCGGCUUCUUGCAUUCCGCACCUGCCAAGUUUACUUUGACUUAUUACGUGUCGAGGACUUAAUCCUUACGCAUCAAGUGUCGCACAAAAUGAAGCUGCUAGUUUGCGGAUUGCUCCUUUGUGGGCUAUGGGCUGUCGCACGUUGCCAGGCCCCUACUACCACCACAACUGCUGCACCACCAGCAACAACUCCAAUGUCAAAUGAGACAACUACAUUACCACCAUCGCCCGUAACUGUGCCACCACCUAAUACGACAACAGCUUCCCCUCCUGUGCCCACUACAGCGUUGCCACCCAGUACCACGAGCACGUCAUCGCCUACCACAGUGCCGGCCCCAAACAGCACCACUGUGCAACCUACAACAACCAUGUCGCCAACUGUUGUGCCUCCUCCAGAGAGGCACUUUGACACGUUGAGCUUUCUGGGUGGUAUCAUUCUCACCUUGGGAUGCCUUGCCAUCUGCUAUGUGGGAUUCAAGUUUUACAAAGCACGUACAGAGCGCAACUACCACACGCUUUAGAACACUACUUGGUGAUGUCUCAUGGAUCUACAAUACAAUCUAGUGUGUCAAUAACGAAAACUGGUCCAGCUGUAUCCUUUUUCAAGCACAACAUCGGGGGCUGUUAAUCUGUAGGCCAUCUUAAGAUGACAUGUCUGCAGUGUCAUAAAGCCAGUGCAUACUUUAAUGCUGAAACCAUAGGAUAGUUUUGUUUUCCUGUUAUGAAAGCGUAGCACAAUUAUGGCACUGCUGUAGUCGCAGGGCAGGUGAGCUAUAUUCACAUUGGCACGUGGAUUCGCUUCACGGCACUUUCGGGUUAUGGCUUUGGUAUCCACACUAGAUUGUAUUCUAGACUGAUGUAUAAAGGGCGGAUUCUGUGAUUUGUUGUAGACAUAGAUUGGCCAAUGACAGCAUUUGGUGACCAAUCCUGUGCAACCUGUUUCAUUUCCUUCAUGCAAAAAGCUCUUCUAAAAUGUGUGCGUUAUGUUCAAGCUGUAGGCUAGCAAGCUUCAAAAAUAGUGCAUUAGUUUGAUCAGACAAUACAGUUCGUACGCAUAUGGUGGCCGCUCCUUCACACAUGCAAUAAUUUCCUAAUAGGGUAAGCUCUAGGCAAAGCUAUGUGUUACAAAAAGUGGCUACUAGCAUGCAUAAUUUCUUUUUGUACUAAUUACCAUGCUAUUUGAAAGAUGUCACAGAAAGAGCUUUAUAUUUGUUUAAACUUUAAGAUGCAGAGAAGACAUAAGUAGUGCCCUUGAUUUAUUUUUCUUGUCUUUGCUUCUGUGGUCUGUGACAUGCAUGUGUGUGGCAUUUGGCCUACAAAGUUUCCAUUCGGAAUGUAACUUUAGUCAUUUAAAUUGUCCGUGUAUGGUAGCAUGUGAAUGUGUAAAACUUGUAAACGUGCACAGUAAUAAAACUUUGAUAGCUGUUUUGUAUCAAAUUAAAAGCUUCAGUGAUGGAGAUUGAGCAGAGGGCAUACAUGAAUAGUUUUGUUUUUGUGUGGGAAGGUAAUAUACAAUGAAGUGACAUUUGUGGGAAGAGCUUAACAUGCUGAAGUUAGUGGCCACGCAGGAGAUUGUAGAUUGUUACCACCUUGCGUAAACUCUGCUCCGUAAAGGAGUGAAAUCCCGAAUGGGUGGAGUGUGUUUGACAUGUAUCUCAAGUGAGAUGUGCUACUAUUAAUGCUGGUCAACUCCACUCUGCAAUCUGUACCACCACCUUUGGAAGUUAACUGUUGCUGGACCCUAUUUUGAACACUACUGCAUAAAUUUUCUCUUAAGCCGAGCAUGCGGUGUUACAUUCUGUGGAGCACUGCUUGCCAAACUGGCAGUGUAGAGUAGAGAUAUUUUAUCCCCUUCUUUUUCUUUAGAAGUAAAUCACUUAGCUUCUGAAGUGCAUUAGCUCGUGAGGCGGGCAGGCUGAAUGGCUAAUAGGCUUGAAAAUAAGUGCGUUGCAGCGAUUGUUCUCAGGUCACAAAGUUCUAGAUCAAAAUACUUUUGUGUCAUGUUGCGUAUUCACAGCAUAUUGUCACUGCCUCUUUCUUUAACACUACAUGGUGUGCUUCUGCACUUAUCAAAGAUGUUAUGUUUGUUUAACACUCAAUGCCUCUGCAAUUCUGAGGAGUGUGGCAGGCUUAGAGCUACUAUGAGCGGCCAAGCUUUGUGAAUGCGAACGCACUACAUCACCCAGCAUGUCAAUGCCGUCCACUUGGCACAGUUAGGGACAGGGUGCAUUGUUACAGGAUGCGCUCUGAGGCGAGAAUAUUCACCUGCCACAGGGUUACCUGUAUGUCCACCACAACUCAAGCCCGUGCCUCAUUUGUGAAUUACUUUAGAUGGAGAUGAAUGUAGACAUACACUUAUGGUGGCAGAAAGUACUUUUAAGCAUUCUUUCAUCAGUCUGUUCAUGGUGAGACCAUAGCAGUGUGUGCAGCUUAAUUUUUGUAAAGCGAGUUUUCAUGCAACAUUUUUUUUGCAUUGUCUAUAUAUUAUCCUGUGACUGUUCCCGGUCUUGGCAACUGUAAUAUUUCCCCAGUACUUAACACAGCCUGUGCUUCAUGAGAAAAUGUUAAUUUUUUAGGAGAGAUAACUUUUUGAGAGUGAUGCAUAUCAUUGUAUUGCUCAUAAUGUUCUUGUAAUGAAGCUUGUCAAGUGAUAGCGUGUGUUACUUUUCCGACAUAAACCUGCUAUUGUAAAUAGAUGUACAGAUAUGCCGACAGCAUGUAGUUUACUCAACUGCAUGUUAUCAGUGCAUCACAAGCAGAAGUAUCACUGAAACCGCCCUGCUUCAGAUUGUGUGGCCACUUAUUUAAAUAAGCCUACUGUGGAACUAAGCCAUUUUCUUGACUCUUGGACGUACUGUUGGUGCAUUUCUUUUUGCUGCGGUGCUUAGCACUUUCUACUUUUGCUUUCAGUGCUGCUAGGUUCAAGCUUUUCUUUGUUGAGUGAACCGUGGGUUUUUAGUUCUUAAGAUGCAAAAAUUAUGUCAUAAGGUUGCUUGACAAUAUGCAAGUUAUUUUUAGCUUUAUCCGAGUGACUGUUUUCUCUUAUUUGCUUAUGUGAUUGCUGUUGUUCAAUGCUUCGGUAGCAGUUGAUGAAAGACUUGUCAAAUGUGUUCAUUUGAUACAGUGGUGUACUUAGUGCUGUUGUUCCUUUUGGUUUGGUGUUUAUACAUACUUUGAAAGAUUGAGGGUUGUUAGCCUCUACCCGUUUUGAUGUAAAUAAACGUGCUAUAAGUGCAGUUUAUUUUGAAAGUGAUAAUAAAAGUCACUCCUUUCUUA